AUAAUUUAGCCAAAACAAAGAAUGGGAGGAGAAAAACAUAGGGUCAGCAAUGUAUGUCAGAAUUAUCCCCGUAUUAUCAGCGAUCGCCUUCGCUCUUCUCUCACUUUUCUUCUCUCCGGAUUAUUCUUCUUCUUCUAAGGUUCGACUACUUCCGAUCAAAGACGGUGCAAUUGGUCCUGAAAGCAUCGUGUUCGACAUCACAGGUGACGGGCCAUACACGGGUGUAUCGGACGGCAGGAUACUGAAAUGGCAGGGGGUGGAAGAAGGCUGGAUUGACUACGCCUCUGUAACCUCGCAAGAAUUAUUGGAAACGUGCAAAGGAUCCAAAGACCCGAAACGGGAGCAUGUUUGCGGAAGACCCUUGGGUCUGCACUUUGGCAAGCAAGGGGAGCUCUACGUUGCAGACGCAUACCAUGGCUUGUUGGUUGUCACUGCUGGCGACAAGUUUGCAACGCCGGUGGUAACCGAGACGCAAGGCCGUUCGCUUCGUUUCACCAACAGCUUGGACGUCGAUGAAAGAACUGGAGUCGUCUAUUUUACUGACAGCAGCAAGCGAUUCCAGAGGAGCAAGUUUUGUUGUUGGGACAGGGAGUUCAUGUCAGCUGUUAUCUCCGGAGACAAAACUGGAAGGUUGAUGAGCUUCAAUCUAGUCACUAAAGAAGUCCGAGUGGUUCUAGAUGGCUUGUCGUUCCCGAACGGAGUGGCACUCAGCAAGGACGGCACCUUCCUCAUCCUCGCGGAAACCACCACCUGCAGAGUGCUCAGGUAUUGGAUACAACCGCCGGCUGAUUCUUCUAGUGCAAGAAAUGGCGGGGACAUUGAAGUUGUAGCAGAGCUUCCUGGAUUCCCAGAUAACAUCAGGAGGAGUCCGAGAGGCGGGUUUUGGGUGGCCCUGCACUCGAGGAGGAGCCGGCUCGUUGCAUGGGCACUGUCAGUGGCCUGGAUCCAGAGGUUGAUCCUGGAGUUUGGGACUCAGCGCCUUGGCGUUGAUCUGCAGAGGGUGUCUAAGAUGGUGGGCAGGUGGAAUGGAGCAGCCAGCGCAGUGAGGGUGAGUGGGGAGGGGGAGGUCUUGGAGGUCUUGGAAGGGGUGGGAGAUAGGAGGAUGAGGUUCAUUAGCCAAGUGGAGGAGAGGAAUGGGACCCUUUGGCUUGGUUCGGUUAUCAUGCCCUUUGCUGGAGUAUACCCUCUUGCCGCUUGAAUUUUGAUGAUUCGGAUCAUGUACUGUCUCUAUUUUAUUGCGCCUAUUGUCGAGAUUCCAUGAAUCUAUGAGUGAAAUUUGUCUGGGAUCUCGGAAAUAGUGUUUUUUUUUUCAAUUUAUUUAUAUUUUGCAAAACACCGCGUCAUUUAUUGUUCCUAACAUCAAGUUAAUUGUCAUAUCUGCUGAAAAUAUUGUU